UUCUCGUACACUUUUUCCAGUUCUAAAUUCUUAGAAACCUCAAAAAAAUAAAAAUAAAAUCUCCCUGUUCUCUGUCUGUGCCAGCCAUGAUCUUCCUUUUUUUCUUUCUUUUAUAACCAAAACAAACAUUCUACUAAUAAUUAUCUCAAACUCAGAGAAUGCCUUCUUCUCCUAAAUUCUUUCACUCCCGCAUUUCACAACCCUUUAAUCCUAGCAGAUCAACGCCUCUGAUUCUCACUUUCCUUUUAAUCGGAAUCUCCGGCUUCAUCUUCGGCUUCACUUCCUUUCUUACCUCCUCCCACAACUACCGUUGCUCCAAUAACUCCCCGCCGCGAUCGGUCCGUGUCGUCUGGGAAACCAGCAACAAUAGAAAUGAUAAUGGCGGUGGGAACGCUGUCGUUUUGGAUGGUGAGGACAGGAAAGAGAGGCAUAAGGUUAUGGGGUUUGUUGGGAUUCAAACUGGGUUCGAGUCAUCGGGUCGGAGGCGGUCUUUGAGGAACACUUGGAUGCCGUCCGAUCGACAGGGACUUCAACGGUUGGAAGAAUCUACUGGUUUGGCUUUCAGGUUUAUUAUUGGUAGAACUAAUGAUAAAUCAAAGAUGGCACAGCUCAGAAAGGAGAUUGCAGAAUAUGAUGAUUUCUUGCUAGUAGAUAUAGAGGAACAGUAUAGUAAGCUCCCAUAUAAAACGUUAGCAUUCUUUAAAGCUGCCUAUGCACUUUUUGACUCCGAGUUUUAUGUCAAAGCUGAUGAUGAUAUUUAUCUGAGGCCAGAUCGUCUUUCGACUCUUUUGGCAAAAGAGCGUACUCAUUCUCAAACUUACCUUGGAUGCAUGAAAAAGGGACCAGUUUUCACUGAUCCAAAGCUCAAAUGGUAUGAACCAUUAUCCUAUUUGCUUGGUAAGGAGUACUUUUACCAUGCAUAUGGUCCGAUAUAUGCUCUCUCUGUAGAUGUUGUUGCAAGUUUAGUUGUACUCAGAAACAACAGCUUUCGGAUGUUCAGCAAUGAGGAUGUUACAAUUGGUGCAUGGAUGCUGGCAAUGAAUGUCAAUCACGAGGAUAACAGAGCGUUAUGCUCACCAGAGUGUACACCAUCAUCAAUUGCAGUAUGGGACAUUCCCAAGUGUUCAGGUCUCUGUAAUCCAGAAGCCAGAUUGUUAGAACUCCAUCAACAGGAGAGCUGCUCAAAGAGUCCAACUAUGGAACCAGAUGAUUAGCUUCUCGGUUAUCCUUUUCUUCCGAAGGCAUUAGACUGGAGAGGGAUUUAUGAAUUUUGCCUACACAAUGAAGGUUAUUUUUUUAUUCUUUCUUGUAAUUUGCAAUUUUUUUCCAGUGAUGUAGAUCAAGAGAACAAAGUUUUAUACAUCUUCAGGAAAUGAGAGUUACUGAGAAUGAUUAACCCUGUAAACUUCCAUUGUUGGAUAUACAAUCCCAUAAAUUUGUUUUGCCAUCAGUGAAUGACCA